AUGGGCGUUGACAAGCGAUUGUUGCUCAGCUUCUUGUUAGCAGACCAACAGCUGAUCAGCAGGUGUCCCAAGUCGGGGAUCGAGGAUGCCGAGCAGAGCGGGACGAUCCAUCCCCACUUCAGCUCGCCCCUGCUCUCCCUAGUCGUUGCCCAUCUGGGCAACACCUCCGCCCUGCUCUGCUCGGCCAUUGACGGAAAGGUCCUCCCGCUCACCGAAUACCAUCAUCCCGACUCCCGCGUCGAGUCCGACAGACUCCGCAGGAUCGGCACCGGCCUCAUCACCGACUCCUUCGGUGAAUCCCCCUGGGGCACCAGCUCGUCGGGAGGAGCCCCUCCCGGCAGUGUGGCCUCCCUUGGCCCCGGGUAUCCCUUGGGAUACCCGGAUAUCCGCCAGGUUUGGGCGGAAAAACAGCCAUCCGAAGCCGAAUCCGCACCCGCUGGCGGGUAUCCGCUGGCAUUGGCGGGUAUCCGCCAGCGGAUAGCGGAUAUCCGCAACGGAUUAUCCCCGCCCAUCUCUAGGGUUCAUGGUUGA